CGCACGAUUAUGGCGGGACAGCGAAAGUUUCAGCUAAGCGAGGUGGCCGCCCUCCAGCGGAAACACGUCGUAAUCCUCAACCCUGACAAAGUGGAACGGAUGCUGAGUGAGCUGGUGAUCGGCGGAACGGAGAAGCUGCAAGUGGUGACCGACUUCGAUUACACAAUCACCAAGCAGCGUCUUAGCAACGGCGAGAAGGUGCUGACCAGCUUCGGCAUGUUCAACGAAUGCAAAUCCAUCCCAGCGGAUGUGAUACUGGAGCAGCGCAAUCUGUACCACAAAUAUCGCCCCAUCGAAAUAGACCCAUAUAUGGAGCACGAGGAAAAAGUGGGCUAUAUGAUCGAAUGGUGGGCCAAAACGGGAGACCUUCUCAAAGGAUUCAAGCUACCCCAGGAGGAUAUCGACGAGGUGGCAGCACGAUACAAGGAAGGUUUGCGAGAUGGUACGCAUGAGAUGUUCAAAGAAUUGCAUGAACUAAACGUACCGUGUCUCGUCUUCUCGGCUGGCCUUGGCAACUGUGUGUCAUCGGUACUAAAACACGCCAAUGUUAUGUAUCCAAACGUAAAGUUAGUAUCAAAUUUCUUGCAAUUCAGUGAAAAUGGAAUGCUGAACGGGUUACAGGAUCCAAUGAUACAUACAUUCAACAAAAAUGAAACCGUUCUCGAGGGCACGGAGUAUUACGAUAUCGUGCAUUCACGGGAUCAUGUCAUAGUUAUGGGCGACUCUCUUGGUGACGCUGGAAUGGCAAACGGCGUGCCAUCGUCAUCGCACAUCCUUAAGAUCGGCUUCCUCUUCGAUCACCCCGAACUCAAUCUACCUCGAUACACGGCUGCGUUCGAUAUUGUGUUGAUCGACGAUCAAACAAUGGACGUACCGAGGGCCAUCAUAGACAUGGUGAGGAAGCGAUCGCAUCAGUGAACGCCCGGGCGUUGCAGCUGGUAACUGCACACGUGCUUCUAACGAGCGCACAAUGUGGCGGCAAUUCGCAAGAACGCCAUCGAAGCUGAGGCGUUAGGCAUCAACCGGUUUUUGUUGAAUUCAUGACGCCACACCAGGACUCUUGUUGCUGGCAGUUUUAGCUCAACGUUUCGCGGCAAACAUUUCUUUUGUGUGCCUCAUUCGGAUCGUUAUCGUAUUUCGUUAGUUUGUUUUCUUGUGAAGUUGAAUAACGUUGAUUCGGUCCCGUUUAUCAUUCUUUUCUAUUCUAUGACACUUUUGCUUUGAUCAACUUCAAAUGUUUAUC